UCUAGCCAUGUCGAGAAGAAGUAAAGGUCGGCAAAAAUUGGAGAUGGUGAGAAUCUCAAAAGAGAGUAAUCGUUUAGUAACGUUUUCUAAACGUAGGUACGGAGUUUUCAAGAAAGCUAGUGAACUUUCCACUCUUUGUGGAGCAGAGAUUGCUAUUGUAGUCUUUUCGCCCGGAAAGAAAGUUUUUUCUUACGGUCACCCUUGCGUCGAUAUUGUUGUUGAUCGUUUUCUCUCGAGAAACUCCCCGCAAUUUUGUGGAACUAUGCAACUUAUUGAAGCUCAUCGCAAUGCUAGAGUUCGCGACCUCAAUCUUCAACUUACUCAGGUUUAUUUAUACACCCUUAAUUGUUCUUAA